CCGCAUUGAGGUUGUUUCGUUAUCAUUACGAUACCGGUAAGACCGCAGAAAGCUUCUCUCUAUCGACUGAAGGUCUGUGAUCCGAUCGAGAAAUAAAUUAAUUAUUAUCGAAUCUUUCGAGACGCGACUUUUAAUUUGAAAUGUGUGUCGGAAGAGUGCCGCAAAGUGAGGAGUGUCUCAAUUACCCGUUGAGCCUCAAGUACGAAGAUGUGCCCGCGAUUGAGGAGGUGUAUCCGGAGCGUAAGAAAAAACCUCAAAAGUACGAGAAUCAGUUGACCCAAGAUGUUCUGGCUGUGACAACUAUGUGGACCAAAGAUUUGUUCUUUUCUCUAAAUGGAUACAUGAAGUCUAUUAGUGAGACCCCUGCAUACAGAAUCUUAUGUCAAACCACCCAACCAGCCCACUUAGUGACUUCAAUAGCCGUACUAUGGAUCGCCUUUUUAUGCUUACCAAGCAAAAGAUCAGUAUCAUCCUUAUCUCCCUUAUGGACCUUGCUCUACUUGGGAUCAUUUAGCGCCCACUUUGGCGCCCAAAUCUGGAUGACCUUUGUUUCCGGACUAGCUCUCUACUUUUCACUGCCUAGGCACACCUUUGGGAGCGUUCAGAAGAUCUUAUUUCCAAAAUACUUCUUACUCAACGCAUUUUUGAGUUUGAUCACCUUAGCCAUCUUCUUGAGGGCUAAAAACAGCGAACUAAGGACCACGGAGAUCGCAGUUCAGGCGUUUGCAAUGUCACUUUGCUUUCUAACUGAGCUGGUGAUCUUCUUAUAUUUGACUCCUCCGCUACUCGCAUUGAUCGCAAUGAAAAUUGAGAUGGAAAAAGAUGCGGGUGUUGGCAUGGAAGUGGGAAAAUUGGAACCCGGGAAAUUGCUCAAGUGCCCUCAUUACGUGAAAAUUCAUAAAGCGUUCAGGAAAGUUCACAUGUCGAUAGCCAUCGGUAAUAUCUUCACGAUGGCUUGCACCUCGAUGCACCUGUACUACUUAGCGUGUCGGCUGUGCGCCCUUAGUUUAUAAAAUAUUUAUUUAUUUUAUUUAUUUAUUGUUAAUUAGGCCCAUCCGAAAUAUUUUAGUCUGUAAGGAUUUUUAUUUAUUAUUUAGGUUAAGUAGGCAUGAUUUUCAAAUUCAGAAUCAGUAUUAUUUGUACGUUUUUAGUACAAACUAAGAAGUAUGUUCCUUUUUUUAUAUAAAAAGACAAAGUUAUAGGAAUGUUUUUAAUUAAAAAAAAAACUAAUGCUG